AUGUUUGACACACUGCAUGAGUGGUUCUGGUGGGACAGAAUCUGGCUGCCUGGGAACCUAACUUGGGCUGACCUGGAGGACAGGGAGGACCGGGUCCAUGCCAAAGCCUCUCAUCUCUAUGUCACUGUUCCCUACACUUUUGCCUUCUUGAUCCUCAGAUACCUGUUUGAAAGGUGGAUAGCAACACCACUCGCAGUCCUAGCUGGGAUCAAACACAGAGUCCGUCUGAAGGCAGCGGACAACACCAUCCUGGAACUUUACUACGUUAAUCAGUGUAGAAAUCCUCCUCAGGCAGACAUAAAUGGACUUUCCAAGAAAAGUAGUUUAUCAGUGAGUCAAAUUGAACGCUGGUUCAGAAGAAGACGAUGUCAGGACCUUCCAGGAGUCCUGAAGAAAUUCAGAGAGUCCAGCUGGAGAUUUGCCUUCUACCUUUCAGCGUUCAUUGGAGGAAUAUUAUCACUUCAUGAUAAAGAAUGGUUUUAUGACACUCGGGAAGUAUGGACAGGUUAUCCAAAACAGUCCAUGCUGGAGUCUCAGUACUGGUAUUAUAUCUUGGAAAUGAGCUUCUAUGGCUCUCUUCUAUUAAGCGUUGCAUUUGAUGUCAAGAGAAAGGACUUUAAGGAGCAAAUCAUCCACCACUUGACUACACUGGCCCUUUUGGGAUUUUCCUGGUGUGUCAAUUACAUCCGAAUAGGAACGUUGGUCAUGAUUGUCCAUGAUGCUUCUGAUGUUUUACUGGAGUCUGCCAAGAUAUUCAACUAUGCCAAAUGGGAGAAAACCUGCAAGAGUCUUUUCGUUCUCUUUGCCCUGGUGUUUAUGGUAACACGACUGAUCAUCUUCCCAUUCUGGCUGAUCCACUGUACAUGGGUCUACCCAGUUCAAUACUACCCUGCCUUCUUUGGCUACUACUUCUUCAACGUGAUGUUGGUGGUCCUCCUGUGGCUGCACAUAUUCUGGGCCUACCUCAUUUUCUGCAUGAUUAGAAAAUUCAUGUUUGGCAAUCUGACCAGAGAUGAGAGAAGUGACAAUGAAGAGGAAGAAAGCCUGACAGAAGAUGAAAGUGGGGAAAAACACAAGUUUGGAAAUGGACUGUCUCCACAUCCCAACAUUUGCCAGUCAAAGGUUACACACUGACUUUUGCUCAGUAUCAUCAAUAAAGCCAAAUGUGUGAAAAAAAUCAAAAAUGGUAAAUACAUUGUAUUAAAUAUUGACCAAAAAAUAAGCAAAU